UACCUCUUUUUCCAUUUAAGCAUAAGUUAAUUUUUCAGUUUCCUUGAUGCAAAUUCUCAAAUCACACUUGAAGCAAAGGUCAAAGUGAGCACAAUUACACAAGUGCAAACAACUUUCAGCAUGUCUGGCCAGAGAAACUUCAGAACUUCAAAAUUCACGGAAAGUGAGAUUAAUGAUCUGAUGUUGAGGCUACAAGCACUGCUACCACAACUAAACCAAACAAGAAACUCAAGGGCAUCAGAAAGCUUGAUGAAGAUCAUGAAGGAAACUUGCUCUCACAUCAAUAGGCUACAGAAUGAGGUGAAAGACCUUGGUGAAAGGCUAGCAGAGCUGAUUGAUUCUGUAGACCUUAGUGACAUUGACGAGGAGUGUCUUACAAGACUUUUACAACAAUAACAAAAGUCUCCUUUUACUACCAUUCCAUCACCAGCUUUUAAGUUCAAAUUUAAGUGCAGUCUUUUAGUAUUUUUGGUGUUCUCUGAUAAAAAUUAGAGUUUUAUCUCGAUAACUAGUGUCAAACUUUAAUGACAACUUUUAUUGCAUCAACUACAGAGAUAAAACUCUAAUUUUAAUUAAAAAUAACACUAAAUAUUUCUUAAGUUUUGUUUUUAUUACUUGUUCUUCCAUCAAUUUAGGUUCCCAUAGAGACUGCAGUUGCUAGUUGCAAGACUCCAACAAAGCACCAUAUAAUACGUGACAUGUAGUAAUAUGUUAUCUUAGGGUGAUCAAAUUGCUCUUGUCUGGUUCCAUGCAUGGUUAUAAGAAAUCAAUCUCUUUCCUUUGAUUUAUAUGGAAAUAUUUGGAACUAAAACUUCCAUGCUUGCUAUCCUACCACUCCUAU